CUGUCUCUCAUUCUACGGCGAAAGUGCGGUGGUAAGGUGAUGGGAAACGAGGACUGGUUGACGGUUCCAGCAGUAGAGAACACAGUGUAUCCUGAAAUCGGUACCUCGUCUGACAUAUGCUCUUUCUUUACCCGCUCGUUGGCCUUCAAACUGCACAAGCUGCAGGUCAAUGACAUUGAGGUCGCCAUGCUGGCCGCCUUUCUCCUCAUUAAUCCCUACCGCCACGAUUUGUCCGACGCGAGUAGAAUCUUGACCCGAAGGAACAUCCUCACGGAAAUACUUCGUGUCUACGCGAAUCGCCGCAGAUCCGCAGACGAGUUUGCAGCACCACAAGACAAAUUUCCAGAAAGGAUACAUGAACUCAUCGUGCUUGCUUCGUUUAUCACUUCAAAUGUCACAGAACGACUCAAACACACACCAUGA